GAGAUUAAUUUGGAAUAAAAGCACACCAGUUUGCGACUUUCAUUAAUCAUUCUUCCAACGAUUUUGUGUCAUACGUACGUAUGCAUGUACCUUACCGUAUGCGCUAAAUUGGGAACCCAAAAUGGGCGAAGGUCAUUCGGAAGGGAAACUCGUUAUCACGCUCUGCAAUCGCCGCUGAGUUAAUUUACGCAACAGGAACAGGGCGGUUUACAUACUUGCCUCAUUUUUAAGAACAUGAUAUAUCCUCGCAUGUGGAAGCUUCUCCCCAGGAAUAUGGCCACAAGUGGAAGCACAAGUGGAAGCACAAGUGGAGGCACAAGCGCAGUGACUGUCCCAGUUGUGUUUUAAAGGUAACCAAAGGGGGCCGCUCUUAAGCCGCUGCCAAACCGCUGCCAACCGCUCGUACACGAAAUAGAGAAGAAGUGGGAAAAAAAAAAUGGGGAGGAAGAAGCGAAAGAUAAACAUCGAACUGAAGCCCUUUUGCUACUACUGUGACAGAGAAUUCGACGACGAGAAGGUCCUCAUCCAGCAUCAAAAAGCGAAACAUUUUAAAUGCUUGCAGUGUAAUAGGAAGCUAGACGUAGCUAGCGGGUUGGUGAUCCACAUGAUGCAGGUACAUAAGAGUAAUUUAAAGACGGUACCCAAUGCUUUGCCCAAAAGAAACGACCCAGAAAUUAUCAUAAGAGGAAUGGAUGGAGUUCCACCAGAAAUAAUUGAAGAAAAUUUAAGCAAAUUGAAGCAAAAAUUAGGAGAUAAAAAUAUUAAAAGACAACAGAGAGUAAACUGGGCACAAGUCGCCAUGGCACCUACAAUGGAACAAUUCCUACAGCAAGCUCAGAUGGGGAACUUCUCCUUCCCAGGAUUUAAUUCCCCAUUAUUGCCAACAAAUAACUUAUUACCAAAUGGUCCCCCAGAUUCGAAGAAGAAAAACAUCCCCCCUAUGCCUUUAUUUUUACCUAACAACUUUAAUAUGAUGCAGCCACCUCCCCUAGGUGCUAAUAUGUAUCCUCCAGUUAAUCAACAGAAUGCUAGCAUGCCUAAUAUGCCCCCUCCUCAUAUGCCUUCCAGUAUGACCCCACCGAAUGCUCCCUCGUCUGGCCCGGCAGGAUUCCCACCAAACAUUCCAACACUCCCUCCUGGUUCUGCUCAGAAGUAUCCUCCCAACGUAAACUUCCCAGGAUCUGCAUUUCCACAAAAUUUAUCUCCAAAUAUGUUCCAGCCACCACCCCAUUCGAUGUAUAUGCCACCCGGUCUUGGCCAACCGCCAGUCCCUCCUUCAGCCCCACCUAUGAUGCCGCCCGCAAUUCCACCGUCUGCACCACCAGGGAUGGCCCCCCACCAGCCCCUAAACCCAGAUGAUGUAGACGCAAAAUUAGAGGCAGGUGCACCAGAUGGGGAAAAUUCAUCCCCAACAAAAUCGGACACGAAAAAUGAACACAAGGAUGUUAGUAGUAACCAUGGAGAGAUUGCCAACCAGGGACAACCGCACAGUGCAGACGAGAAUGAAAAUCCGGGUGGAAGCGAUUCUGGAAAGUGAUAUGAGGCGUAGGAAAAUAAGGCAAAGUGGGAAACCAGCAGUUGUAUUUAAAGUGGGCACCCUAGACAGUUCUUUCCAGUCUACAUAAUUCGCGAUGAACGUGAUCCUUAAAAGUUGAGUUAUCAUGCCGCAGCAGUUUGUUCGCCCCAGCUUGGUACUCCUCAACGUAGCUUUUGCGUAGAGCAGAGCAUAAAUUUUGCCUAAUGGGAAAAUUUUUGCCAACCCCAUUUCUACACUCUUUUGCAUAAAAAAAAAAAACUUCUUCCUUCUUCUUCCUUCUUCACCAUUCCAAUUUGAACAAAUAAAUUAAC